AUGCAUCCCGCCUGGCAAAUUGACGAUAUUCGGUACUCGAUAUUCGAGUGCCUCGACCCUUGUGAUCUUGCUCGACUUGCGCGCACUGCCGGGUUUUUCUUCAAUGUCGCGACUGACGAGCUGUGGAAGACAGUGGGCUCUAUGUCGCCCUUUCUGUGUUGUCUCCCACCAGAUGCCAGACGUAGGCCGCUCCAAGUGGGAGACAUCCAACGCCUCAACUUGUAUACCUCUAAGACCCAGAGUGUGCGUCUAGAGAGCAAAGAGAUAGCCCGCGUUAUUCCUCUACCUCCGCGAUUCCAGCCCAACAAGAAGCAGCAGCAGCAGCAGCCAGAUGAGGAUACUACGAAGACGUGGGAAGAACUCUGGGAAGAGAUAACAAAGCUCUCGCCGCGCUCAGACUUCCUACCCAAUCUCCGUCGCGUGCGCUUCAACAGUGCGGUCGAAGAACUUCUUACCCCACUCAUCGGGAUAUCGGGUGCGAAUCUGACUCACAUAUAUAUCAAGUACAUCCACCAGCGACGUCCUGAGAGUAUAGUGCGGAAUUUCCUCGACCAACUCCAAGAUACUUCCAAACUUAAAUACUUAUUCGUCCGCGAUGGUGAGCCCGACCUCGUACCCUCAAGGCUGAUCCAACAGUCACCCCUCGAGCACCUGAGGCUCGACCCCCGAAUCCACGCUGCAAGACAUGAAGACUUCCAGUUCAAAGAGUAUCCCCUUCGCUUCGAAAUACUUCAGAAGGAAACGCUGGAGCACCUGACCAUUGGUCUCAACCGAUUGUGGUACUCCGACGCAUUCAGGGCCUUGGAUGGCAGAUAUCUACCCGCGCUCAAAACGUUGUGGCUGAACCUGACGACAUUCACGACUGAGGCCCUUUACGGUUGGACGAGCAACGAUAUAGAGCGAUCUCCGGCCGUCUUUCUGAGCCGACUAGACAAUCCGGAGCUGAGUCUCCUGAAUAUCAAGUUCCCACUCGACACCUACGGAAACAUGUUCCUCGACGUCGUCUCGGCGGCAAACACCGGCUGCCGGCUGGACAACCUGGUCGAACUGGCAUUGGCCGGCGGCGGCUGGUUCAACAACUGUGGCGAAUGUGGCAAGCGUCCCCCGCCGAGGAUACUGCCGACCGACUUGAGAGCCGCCAUGAACAUGCUCCUCCCCCUGCCCCGACUGAGAAUUCUUCGACUCAGCGUGGCGCCCAACUUCCUGGACGUCCUCGAUCUAGAGAUGUACAGAUCAAUCGCCGAUGGGCUCCCGGGUCUGGAGAAGCUGUGCCUGGGCCAUAGGGAGUUCGUCGCAUCGUCCGAGGUCGAAGGGACGAGCUUCUACGAGAGGGUGCCCUUGCACGAUCUCGCUGCUUUCUGCAGCAUGCUCCCGAAGCUCGUGGAGGUCAGUGUGGGAGCCGUGGAUGGCCUGACGCUCGAGGAAAGACCCUGUGAAGAAUGGGCUUGCCCUGGUGUUACGUCGCUGUCUGUUGCCCAUUGGGCUGGAAAUCAUGCCAGGGGUGUAUCAUGA